CAUCACUUACUGAAGCUGUUGCACUUUUUGCUUAGACGAUGGGAAGGUGGAGAUCCAGGUGUAUCCAAUCAGAAGACACCAACCACUAUCCUCCUAACACCAGAGAGAAAGUUUCAUAGCUUUGGCUAUGCAGCAAGAGAUUUCUACCAUGACUUGGAUCCCACUGAGUCAAAGCACUGGUUAUAUUUUGAAAAGUUUAAGAUGAAGCUACAUACCACUGGUAAUCUUACCAUGGAGACAGACCUGACAGCUGCAAAUGGGAAAAAAGUCAAAGCACUUGAGAUAUUUGCUUAUGCUUUGCAGUUCUUUAAGGAACAGGCAUUAAAGGAGCUCAGUGACCAAGGAGGCUCGGAUUUUGAAAACACUGAAGUGAGAUGGGUCAUUACAGUACCUGCCAUUUGGAAGCAGCCUGCAAAGCAAUUCAUGAGACAAGCUGCCUAUAAGGCAGGAAUGGCAUCUCCAGAAAAUCCCGAGCAGUUGAUCAUUGCCCUGGAACCCGAGGCUGCUUCUAUCUACUGCCGAAAGCUUCGCCUGCACCAGAUGAUAGACCUGAGUAGUAGGGCACCUGUCAAUGGCUACAGCCCGAGUGACACUAUUGGAACUGGAUUUACACAGGCGAAGGAACACGUGCGUCGUAAUCGGCAGAGUCGUACCUUUAUGGUGGAAAAUGUCAUAGGAGAGAUCUGGUCUGAACUGGAGGAAGGUGACCGUUACAUCGUUGUUGACAGUGGAGGAGGCACAGUGGAUAUGACUGUCCAUCAGAUCAGGCUCCCUGAAGGACAUCUUAAGGAGCUGUACAAAGCAACAGGUGGGCCAUAUGGUUCUCUAGGCGUGGACUAUGAAUUUGAAAAGCUCCUGUGUAAAAUAUUUGGAGAAGAUUUUAUUGAGCAAUUUAAAAUCAAGCGUCCUGCUGCCUGGGUAGACCUGAUGAUAGCGUUCGAGUCCCGUAAGCGAGCGGCAGCUCCAGACAGGACCAACCCACUGAACAUCACUCUGCCUUUCUCCUUCAUUGACUAUUACAAGAAGUUUCGCGGUCACAGUGUAGAACAUGCCUUGAGGAAAAGCAAUGUGGACUUUGUGAAGUGGUCCUCCCAGGGAAUGCUGAGGAUGAGCCCUGAUGCAAUGAAUGCUCUUUUCAAACCUACAAUUGACCAGAUUGUUCAGCACCUUAGUGAAGUGUUUGAUAAGCCAGAAGUGACCAAUGUCAAGUUUCUGUUCCUGGUCGGUGGUUUUGCUGAGUCCCCCUUACUCCAACAAGCUGUCCAGAGUGCUUUUGGUUCAAGAUGUCGAGUCAUCAUUCCUCAGGAUGUGGGUCUCACCAUCCUCAAAGGAGCAGUUCUCUUUGGUCUAGACCCUGCAGUCAUCAAAGUGCGGCGCUCACCUCUCACCUACGGCGUCGGUGUGCUCAAUCGGUUCGUGGAGGGGAAGCAUCCACCAGAGAAGCUUCUAAUCAAAGAUGGCACACGCUGGUGCACUGAUGUCUUUGACAAAUUUAUCUCAGCUGACCAAUCUGUAGCCCUUGGAGAAACUGUGACACGCAGUUACACACCUGCCAAACCUUCUCAGUUAGUAAUAGUGAUCAAUAUCUAUAGCUCAGAACAAGAUAACGUUAGCUUCAUCACCGAAUCUGGAGUGAAGAAGUGUGGCACCCUUCGCCUGGAUCUCACAGGAACUGAUGCUUCGGUGCCAAACCGGCGGGAGAUCAAAACACUUAUGCAGUUUGGGGACACUGAAAUCAAAGCCAUGGCCAUUGAUGUUGCAACCUCUAAAAGUGUCAAAGUUGGUAUUGAUUUCUUAAACUACUAA